AGAUUCUAAUCAAGGCUGCACGAUGUCUAAGAAUCUGCUGGUCAACAUCGUGACGACCUUUACCAUGUCACAGAUGUCGAGGACAGUCCUGCUCAAGUCCAUCUACUCUCACACAGCUCCAAAGCUGCAAGAUUCAAAACUCACUGUUUCCAUCGCUUCUGGAGCAGGCAUGAUCUCUGAGGGCUCCUUGGAACCAGCGGCCAUGGUCACCGUUAUGUGCGAUCCCACCUUCACCAGUCAGGGCGCAUCCGACAUGGUGGUUGGGGUUGCUUCGGCCUUCAGGGAAGGGUUUGAAAUGGACGCUACAAAGAUCAAGUUCGCAUUUAUAGAGCACAAGUUUUCAGUUUGAGUUCCCAAGGUAUAGAAAAUUCCGAAGAAAGGAGUCAGGAUAAAAAGUUUCAGUGAUGGUGGGGUUGUUGUUGAAUAGUUCUAGGAGGAGAAGAAGGUUUGAUGGCUGUGGGAUGGGGAAAGAAGUGGCUGU